AAAAUGAUUGAAGGUUUGGUUUCCGUUGCAUUUGUGGCUCUAGUCAUAUCCCACUUCUCAGUCCAUGGUGUAGCAAAGAGAGCACCGAAUCCAACCCAAGAGUACCUAGACGCGCACAACCAAGCAAGAGCCCAAGUGGGGGUGGGUCCUCUCCAAUGGAGUGAGCAGCUGGCCCAUGAGACGAGCCUAUUGGUUCGUUAUCAAAGAGAUAACCAAGGUUGCGAAUUUGCAAACCUGAAGAGAGGUCAAUAUGGAGCGAACCAGCUUCGGGUAGGCGGAGGGAUAAUGAGCCCGCGCCUGGUGGUGGAGUCGUGGGUGGAACAGAAGAAGUACUACAACCAUCCUGCCAACUCGUGUGCGCAAAAUCAUACGUGUGGGUCAUACACACAGGUAGUGUGGAGGAAGUCGCUGGAGUUGGGGUGUGCGAUGGCUGUAUGCGGGAAUGUCACGGCCAGUUUGACCAUAUGUUUCUACAAUCCUCCUGGAAAUUACUACGGGCAGAGCCCCUACUAGGAGAUAAUAUAUAUAUAUAUAUAUAUAUAUGAUCAUAGGGGAGAGCCCCUAACUCUCUCCCCUUGGAUAGUAACAUAUUUUAAAUAAUUCUGUCUUCGAAUGCCAUGCCAUAUAUAUGUAUAUACAUAUAUGAUGGCCGGUUAAACUAUAUGAUUAUAGAAGAGAACCCUUAUCCUAUAAUAUUGCAUGGACAAAUAUGUUGGACAAACAAGCCAAAGAAUGAUAGAUAAGCAAUAAACUAGCCUAAGGGUCAUGCUUGUAAUGUGCUUCUCUGGUUAGCCUGGUAUUCACAAGGUAAUUCAUAAAAGAUUAAUGGUCA